AGAUCUUGGUAGACAUCGGGCAAAAGAGGAGGUCUGUGAACGCCUUGGCUCGGACAGUCAGGUAUGGAGCCAAACGGGACCCUGAACGGGACCCCACUGCAGCUUGGUUCUUACGGCGACAAGGAUGAAAAGAAAGCCAUCAUCUCCACCGACCGGGAUCGCGCCAGAUCCCGGUGGAUCACGGUGGAGCCGAUCCUGCUCCUCAUCGCAUUGGCUCGAAAGGCCAUGGUCAUCACUCGUCUCCAGUAUCUCAAACACCGCAUCGGGGAAGAACACCAUUACAGCUCCAUCAUCGCCAACCUCUCCGUGGCUUCGCUAUGUAACGACGAUAAUUACACGGACACCCUGGAGGACGAGAUACAGCAACAGACAGCGGUUUGGAGUUUAUACCUCUACGCCAUGUCCACAUUUCCCGCGCUUUUUACGACCAUCCUAGUGGGCGCUAUUAGCAAUCUGGCCGGACGGAAGGUCGCCAUGAUGGUUCCUUGUCUUGGUUACAUCAUCCAGUGUGCAUUAUUUCUUGUAAUCUCCUACGCGCAUUUACCCCUCUGGACAUUCUUUGUAGCUGAACUAAUGCAGGGAAUAUCCGGUGGGGUGGCGCUCCUUUUCGCCGGUGCGCAUGCGUACAUCGCAGACACCACGGAAAAGCGUCAGCGGACUUUACGCAUCGCCGUCACAGAGGGCGUUUACUUCUUUGGAAACGGUGCCAUUCAAAUUUCAAAUGGGUAUCUCAUUUCGCGGUUCGGAUACGAAUCUUCCUAUUGGUUCUCAUUAGUGUUACUUGUGCUCGCGUUCGCCUACGCCUUAUCACCGCACCUCCUCAUUGAAACAGUGGACGAGGAAACUAAAAUGAGGACUAAGCAAACUACUACGGUGAGAACAAUCGUAUGUACGGCAUGUGACCUUUUCAAGGUCACGGAAGGGCGCCGUAAUAUGAAAUUAAUAGCAGCUGGAAUGGUGCUUCUAUUUGCACUAGUAAGUGUGAGUGGGUGUCAAAGUGUAGUUGUGCUGUAUGGCCUCGCCAAGCCAUUCUGUUGGUCACCGGUCGACGUAGGAUUCUAUACAGCUGUUUCAUUGAUACUUCCGGGAGUAGGGUCUCUAGUUGGGGGUCAGUUUGUCUAUUAUUUCAAUAACGAUUACUGGAUGAUGCAUAUAAGCCUCAUCAGCGCCAUGGCUAUGUCCUUGACAACGGCUUUGGCGAAGACUACUCCAGUUUUGUACGCAGGUUUGGUGGUAGGUGCAAUGUCCAGUUUUAUCGCACCGCUUGUCAGAGGUCUUAUGUCCAAGAUGGUUGGAGAACAUGAACAAGUGUCCGUCUUCACCUACGCUGGGUGUGUGGGAAACACCGUCAAAUUUAUCGCCAAGGUCAUGGCUUUCUCCAUCUACGCAGGAACCGUCCAUACACUCCCUACCUUAACAUUCUACGUGCUCGGGUUUGUUGUGCUUAUUCCCAUUGGCAUCACAUGGUAAGUGACGUCACAGGGGGGGGGGGGGUUGAGAGGGGUUAAUGUCGUCACUUGUUUUUGUAGUCUCGUGUUUUUUUUUUAAUGGGGUAGUGCUGUUCUUGAUGUUGUUUAUGUGGUUUGUGUUGCUUUGUGCUUUUGUACUUAAAGAUUAUAAACCUAUUAAUGAUAUUUGUAAUCCAAAAAUAACCCGUUUCUGCAAUUGAAUUUGAUGUUUAAUAUUUACAUGCUUACAGUUACCCCCCCCCCCUUUUUCACUGACGUAAGAUUGAAUAAGAAUAUAAGAAGACCUAAAUGAUAUACUUCCACGAAAAAGAAAAGAAAAAUGAUAAAAAAAUGAACUACUAAGGAAACGGUGAGAUUUAAUAUAUAUGAUUUUACGAAAUUCACCACGAGAUUGCUUGAUUUUCAUCUUAGGGUUUAGAUAUUUUCCCCCAUAAUUAUGAUGUUCGGUACCCUCAGUUUUUUUUUUUUUUUUUUUUUUUUGGGGUGGGGGGCGGUAUCUCAUACGUCACUAGUGGUCGACGUUAUUCCUUCACUCAAUUCUGACAGUAUAAGGACCCCUCUGCAGCAAAAAAGUUGUUUAUAUUCAUCAAAUAUCCAUACUGCUUAAGAGGCGUGAUAUAUAUUAAAUAUCAUAAGAUAUUUUUAAAAUGAAACUACACACAUACAGCUUAAACACGUAAAAGCGUGAGUCGGGUUCACAUCCAGUUAAUCCAGCCUUGUUUCGUUGGAUUAAUUCAAAAUGACGGCCAAAUGGGGUUAUAAUUAACUAGAAAUGUCCUUAUUAAUUUAUUUGCUAGCGCCAUUCAUACCAUCAUGAAUAGGACUGGUUUUAUUGUGAUAUAUUUAUUGAAGGUUUUAGUUUUAUUAAAAGCCGCGACGACCCUAAUUAUGAGUCAUCCGCGUUAUGAAAAUAAAGCGCGACCUCUGUCGUUGUGAACUAAUUGAAUUUCAUAUAAAUAGGACGCUCACAAUGGGGUUCUCCACAUUUUUGGCCUCGUUCCUUGUAUUGUAUUUUAAUUACAUAUUUUCAUUUAUUGCUUGAAUGAAAAAAAAGAGGAAUGAGGAACCAGCAAACAUGAAUGAAUUCACGCCGUUAUCAUUUUCUAUAAUUAUUAGAAUAGUAGGCGUCACGUUCGUUUGGUCAGGGACAAUAAGAGACAGUGUUGGCGACGGAUAUUUUUAAUUUAACAAAAUAGCAUGCCUGUUAUGAUGAAUAAAAUGAUAUAAAAUUGAGGGGUGCAUUUCUCGCCCCUCUACUGAUCAGGAAGUGGAGAGCUCAAUCUGCAUUAUUGUGUAUCAUAUACAGGCCCCUCUAUGAUCCAAUACGAGAACAUGACUAUUGAGCAAAGCGCGUCAAAUGGGGGCGCUGUUGAACAAAUCUGUAGCAGACUAAUCUCUUAUUUCUGAAGUAGGGAAUGCACCAUUUCGUGUCCUAUCACUGUGGCAACUCUUCACCAAUGAGGGGUAAUUUAAAAAUACUCACAGUCAAUGUAAGAGGGCUAAGAGAUAAAGU